CGAGACAUGAGAACGGUUGGAUUUGCCGAUGCAGUGCACUCUGACAGAAGCUGAAAAGAUACCAUUGGCACGUUUCCACAUGUGUAGAUGAAGAGGCAAUGUGGAAAUCCAAAGCCGAGUGCUGAUUACCUACCCAUUUCGAAUUGGCAUGUUCGGCAAAGCUGAUCACUUUUGGAAAAGAAGAACAACACAUCAGAAGGCCGGAGAAACGUAACAGGGGGAGUUCCCUGAAGACAAACAGACAGGAGGAAAACAGUGAGGGAAGAAGGGGGGGGAGUGGAGAAAGAUAUAGUGAAGGCAAGAGAGAAGCACUGGAGAUAUUCAGAAAAGUGAAGGGUUGAGAGUCCCAAGAGAAGACAGAAAAUCAUGCGAGAGGAGGAGCAGUCCAAUGAUGACCACCCCGAGGGAGGGGUGGUUUCCAGUGAGGAAAACACAAGAAGAACACCUUCUAACGCCUGCCCUGUUGUCGUAGCAACACCUGGGGUCACCGGGCGUAAACGGCAGACGGGCUCAAAUGCGGAUGAUCAACUUACAACUCCGACUACAUCUGCACACGAUGGCAAGAUCAAGCCAGGGGAGGACAUCCAGACCUUCACCCUAACCAGACCGAAAAGACCCAAGAGGAGUCCUCAAGAUCGGUCACCUUCCUCGGCAACGUCCCUUUCUCCUGGCCUGAGUCCCGGAAGUCUGGAGGACCCUCACGGGCAGCGGGUGAUCGCCAACAUCCGAGAGAGACAGCGUACGCAAUCUCUGAAUGACGCCUUCACAUCGUUGCGUAAAAUAAUCCCAACACUCCCCUCUGACAAACUGAGCAAGAUCCAGACCCUUAAGUUGGCGUCGCGCUACAUCGACUUUCUGUACAAGGUUCUGGAGAAUGACGAGAUGGACACCAAGAUGGCUGGAUGUAACUACCUGGCCCACGAGAGACUGAGCUACGCCUUCUCGGUCUGGAGGAUGGAGGGGGCCUGGUCAUCCAUGUCUGCUGGCCACUAGCCCCUUUUAAGGGUUAUCUUUUGACUGUUGCUGUAAAAUGUAUGAUGAAUUCCACUUGACAAGGAAAUACUCUAACUUGACGCAAAGGGGCGGAGGAGUGUCAGCUCACCUGUGGACUAUUUAUCACAUCAACUUCUUCGGUUUGCCUUAAUGAUGUCAGAAAGACUUAUUUACAUUGACAUUUGCAGUAGGAAGAAGCUGAUUUUAAAGCCACUAUUGUUGACAAGCUACAUGCCAGAUGGAUUGUUGUAUUUCUGUAUGUUGUCUGCCUAAAGCAGCAAUUACUGCUUGAGUAUGCCAAUAGUAGAAUUCAAGAGAAGUAGAACAGGGACAUUGUGCUC